GCUUACGAUCUCUCGGCCGCCACAUUUUCGAAUUGCCGCUCGGCAAGCCCCAAUUUUCGAAAUUUCAGGCCCCAAACCCAAACCCCGCUCCUCAACCCGCAUCUACGCACCACCACCGGAUCCCCUCCUCGCGCUGCCGCGCCCAUAGCGCCCCAGCCGAUGGCGGCCACCUCCGUCGGCGGCGAGUGGGAGAUCGAAUACGAUGAAGGCUUCGUCUUCAAGCGCCCCCGCGUCCUCUAUCCGGAUGGCGCCGAAGAUACCGGCACGGCGGCGCCCUCUACACCGGCCCCGGACCUCGAGUCCGCCCGCCUCCAGCGCCGCCGCCGCGCGCUCCUCCACCUCCGCGCCAAGUACCAGCCGGAGCUCUCCCGCUGGGAGUCCCUCUCCUCCGACAUCCUUGCUCCGCCCCCCGCCCCCACCGCAGCCACUUCUGGAGCUUCGUCCGCUUCCCCUCUUCCCCUCACCCCCUCGACCGCCACAAUCUCCUCGGACCACACCAUCCUCGAUGACUGUCUCGCGGAGGUGGAGGCGCAGGAGGAAAUGCUCAAAAAAGCAUCGGAGAUGUGUGACCAGAUUGUCGAGUUUUGCAAUGAGUACGAGGCAGCCGUCGUGGAUGCCGUUGCCGCGCUGCCGGUAUGGGGGGAUCCACGGGACCUUGUGAACUCCCUGUGCAGUCAAGAUGAGCAGGCUGCCGGGCAGCCUGUCCCUGGAUUGGCAGGGAUUUCCUCCUGAUGUACCUGAGGGGGUUGUGGACAUUGCAACUGUGUAACUAAUUUAGGACCUGUAUAGCAGCUUAAAACAGAGCUCAUGCGCUCCAGAAUCGCUUGGUUACUGGUUGCUCAGAAGACCCUUUACACUGCAACUGCAACUGCCUCAACUUAGUAUUCGUUCCAUCAAAUCUUCUAUUGGUCCUUGGAGAAUGUGAAGAUCUCAAACUGACCCUUUAACAACAUAACACCAUUGCAUGCUUGGUGAUCUUCAAUACCCGGGUACGUGUCUUCUUUUGUCAUGAAAAACAAACCAUGGUGUCCUUUUUUAGUAUAGUAUCGGCCUUCUUUGCAAAUGUCGCUCAGUUACUUGUAUUGUAACCAAUGAUUUUCUUGACUUAUAGAUAAUUUCAAGUUGAUGACAACAUAUAUACCAAGCAACCAAUUAAUGUAUGGUUAGCUGGUAAUAACUAGGUGAGCUCCGGAGCUCAUGCUCCUGGCUUACAAAUAAAUUUUCCAUUCUUUGAAUUUUUUUCCCAAAGUAUCACCCAUAGCAUGGUUAAGUAUUAGGUAUAGUAAGUUUGGUGUGAAACCUAUUCUUGUGCCCUGUGAAAAAUAACAAAUUCAGUGCACAAAAAGUUGCUAUUCUGGCCAUUAAUUCUUGUCUUUUUUAGUGAAAAACACACACUAGCAUAUUUGCUCACGCAAAUUUGCAGGUGCAUAGGAUUACUACCAUAUGUGUGAUAUACUUUUUUUUUCAGGAUUUUGUGAAACUUUAAAAUGUGCCUUUGAUCUUUCUAAACUAAAGGUACAAAUGCACCUAGGAGCACAAACUGCAGUCCUAUGGUCUACCUUGUUUCAUUUGUUAUUACAAUUGAGAAGGCUGGUUGAAGCUUCAACCUGCAUGCUUGAGCUUGAUGGAUUAAGGGGAGUCCACCAAGAUCAACAAGCCCAGCUUGGGAGCACAUCUUGUUUCAAUGUGAACCCACGCCUCAUGCAAAUUUCAUGAUAUCUUUUACUGCAAUUUACAGUGACAUUUGUGAUAUAGUUGUGGAAUAUACACUAUCGGUUUAGUUAUGUCAUAUGCUGAACUCUGUUUUCUGCAUUAUUCAAAAAAGUUUGGUAGUGAAAGAGCAUGAAUUGUUUAGGUAUCCUAUUGACAAUUUACUCUAAUUUUGUUCAUCUUAAAUCACAAAUUACAUUACUGCGAAAAAGUUUUUAUUGGUUGUAGUUGAAAAAGCAUUCUCCCACCUUUUAUUUCCCUAGAUAAUUCUUGCCCAGAAAGGAAAAGUAGAAGGCAAAAAUUGGAUGCAAAAGAGGGGGCGAUAGUUAAGAAUGAAAACUAACGACAGUUCAAUGGAAAAAAAUGCUGGCAGAAAAAAAUGGCGCAAAAAGUCAAAGGGAAACAGUGACAAAAGUGAGAAGUGAAGAGUUGGGAUUGAGUGCUGUUAUGACCAGCAUACACUAUAGCCGGAGGAGGCCUCAUGGCGCAGGCAGUUAGGGGCCCAGCCCAAGUUAUCUUAUUGUGUUAGGGGCUUAGCCCAAUUAUUUUAUUAGGAGGAUUAUAUAAACUCAUGUACGGACCCGUUUUGAGAUUAAGCAGACACAAUCAUAUUUGCUCGACUUCCUG